UAAUUUUUUCUUAUAACUUGCCAUACUCUGGAUUUAGUAUGAAGACGAGGAGGAGUUCAAUCAAUUCAAACCCAGAAGCUUCUCAAAGUUUAAUUAAAAAAAUCUAUGGCGUCUUCUCAAGCAAUGAUGCCCAAUUUCCGUCCCCGAUUUCGUCUUCAAGGACCACGGAAAUGGAGUUGGUUCGAGGAGUUGCUCGAAUGUUGCAAGGCUUUUCGGGUUCCUUGUUUUAUUGGGACCAAAAGGGGCAGAGAUUUUGCGUCAGAAGUGGGAUUUACGUGUCCCAUUUGUCUCAGUCCAGUCUGGGCGUAAUCCUCAACCAGUUCAUGUACGCCGCUACGUGUUUAGAACUCGUACAAAUUACGGUUUCUAAAGUGGAAACGCAGCUUAGAUCUCCUCCCACUUUGAGAGCUUUUGUUUCCUCCGUUUCCUCUUGGCUCGAGAGGUUGCGUGAUAUUGCUUUAAAGGAAGAAACGAAGAUCAGCAAUUCAAAUGCGGGGUCUACGCUUACUUUGUUGGGAUUAUCAAGUUCUUUAUCGAGCCUUUGCUCAGGUGCUGAAUAUCUAUUGCAAAUAGUUCAUGGAGCCAUUCCCCGAGCAUGCUUCAAGCCUACGUCGAGUAUUCCGGCUGCUGACAUUGCUACUUAUAUUCUUGACUAUCUCUAUUUAAAGCUUGAUGAAGCAUGCCUUGUACAAGGUGCUGAGGUUGUAUCUAUUUUCUCAUUGGGUGAUGUAUAUCGGAUGCUGAUUCAUAUAUUUGUUGGAAGUUUACUGCCAUACAUUGAGGGUCUUGACACUUGGCUUUUUGAAGGGAUACUGGAUGACCCUUUUGAGGAGAUGUUCUUGUAUGCUAAUAAAGCAAUCUCAGUUGACGAGCCCGAGUUCUGGGAAAAGAGUUAUUUACUUAGGAUUAUGCAAAAUUGCAAUUUAAAGGUUGACCCAUAUGCCCCAAAUUAUACCCAUGAUUAUGCUCCUGGGAUGAUUAACAUAAAGGAAACUGCUGAAAAGGAGUUUGUUUCUACAUCUGGUUAUGUGAAAGGAAAAGAACAAAACAAUAGAGAUCUUAUAGUAUGUCCUUUAUUUAUUAAAGACAUAGCAAAAUCAAUUGUUUCUGCUGGGAAAUCAUUGCAGCUGAUCUGUCAUGUUCCUAUGACAUCAACUGUGUCUUCUUGCAAAAAUAAUGAUAAAGGCGAUGAUGAUUGUGGGAAUUAUAAUGAUUGUGAUAUAAAUAUGAUUAACCAUUGGCAGGGCAUGGCAGGGGUAACUUUAGCUGAAAUCUUUUGUGUGUCAUUAGCUGGCCUUUUAGGCCAUGGUGAUCAUAUCCCUCGAUAUUUAUGUGAAUGUGAUCACCACAGAGCAGAGAUUAUUUCUUCCUUGUCUGCGUAUAUGAAAGAACAGAACAUAGAAUCUGGUACUGCUGGACCCCUGCCACCUUCAACAUACUCAGAGAAAAUCUGGUAUAAGUUCUUAGUCAACACAUUGUUAAAGAAAGAUGUUAUAGAUACAGAGCCUGCAGAUAAGGAUUCUUGGUUUUUACCUGAUAUAAAAGCAGAAAAUCAAUAUUUGUUCCAAAGAUCUUUUUGUCCAGAAAAUCCAGCCAUUACUGUGUGUCGAACGUUCCUCGACAAGAACAGAAAUUCAUGGAAACCACUGAACUUAUCACAAAAGUUUUGCUUACCCCCUUUAAAUGAUGAAUGCUUAAGAAAAGCAGUUUUUGGAGAGAAAAGUGAGGUUUUUUCUGGACCUCACGGAACAAACUAUAAGUCUGGUUUCCAGUUUGGUGAAUCUGAACAUCUUCGUGCCCAACAUGACACUGAGUUACUGGAAGUUUUGCUACCCUUUCCUACUCUUCUUCCUUCUAUAAAGUAUGAUAUCAGCAUGUCCAAGCUAUUGCCUUUCCAGAGGAAUAGCACCCUUUCAUCAAGAGUACUUAGCUGGAUUCAAACUGUUCAACCAAGAACUACCCCACUUCCUAUGGUUAUUAUGCAGGAAUGUUUCACUGUGUACAUCAAGAAGCAGGUUGAUUAUAUUGGCAGCCUUAUUCUGUCGAAGUUAAUGAAUGGCUGGAGAUUAAUGGACGAGCUUGCAGUACUGCAUGCCAUAUACUUAUUAGGUUCAGGUGAUUUGCUGCAACACUUUUUAACGGUGAUAUUUAAUAAGCUAGAUAGAGGAGAAAUCUGGGAUGAUGAUUUCGAGUUGAACACAAUAUUGCAGGAAUCCAUUAGAAACUCAGCUGAUGGCUCAUUAUUGAGUGCACCAGAGUCUUUGGUAGUGUCCAUUUCCAAGACUCAUGGUUUUGAUGGUGAUGAGCCAACAAAUAAUGUUACUGUUGCUUCAACUCCUCGUAAAAGUCGUACACAAAGUUAUGGAAUUGAUGGCCUUGAUUCUCUGAAAUUCACCUACAAGGUCUCUUGGCCUCUUGAACUGAUAGCUAAUUCAGAGGCAAUUAAGAAGUAUAAUCAGGUCAUGGCAUUCUUGCUGAAGGUCAAGCGGGCAAAGUUUGCACUUGAUAAAGCUCGGAGAUGGAUGUGGAAGGAUAAAGGCACUAUAAGGAACAACCACAAGCGUCAUUGGUUAGUGGAACAAAAACUUCUCCAUUUUGUUGAUGCUUUUCAUCAGUAUGUGAUGGACAGAGUGUAUCACAGUGCAUGGCUUGAACUCUGUGAGGGAAUGGCAGCAGCUGGGUCCCUAGAUGAGGUUAUAGAAGUACAUGAGACCUACUUAUUAACAAUUCAUCGGCAAUGCUUUGUGGCUCCAGAUAAGCUGUGGGCUCUGAUUGCAAGCCGAAUUAACAGCAUUCUUGCAUUAGCUCUGGACUUCUACUCCCUACAGCAGACUUUAAGCAUCGGUGGAGUGGGUUCUGCAAUUAAGGCCAGAUGUGAAAUGGAAGUAGACCGGGUUGAGAAGCAGUUUGACGAUUGCAUUGCUUUCCUCCUUAGAGUUCUGUCUUUUAAGCUCAAUGUGGGGCACUUUCCUCAUUUGGCUGAUCUGGUUACUAGAAUUAAUUACAACAAUUUCUACAUGUCUGAUGGUGGAAAUUUGAUGACUGCCCCUAGCUCUGAAAGUGCAUCUGCAAGACUCGGGAGGACCUUUUCAAGUUGAACGGCAACACAGUUCUUUUUUUGUUACUUAUGGUGUUUCAUCUCAGA